CAAAUUACAGGAGCUUAUCAGGGUAUUUUUUCAUUUUAAUUAUCUGUCAUAGUUUUAUCUUUCGAUAACGACGAAAACGAUGCCAAGACGUCGGGCAUGUAUUGAUGAUGAUGAUGAUGAUUUGGAUAGUGAAGUCGAUCGAACAUUUGAUGCCUUGGAAAAAGAUAAUCGACGUGGUUCACGUCGUAUAUCGGCAGUACUGCGUACACAGAAGGAUGAAGAUGAGGAACGGCAAAAAAUUUUAAUGGAUAUGAAUGCCAGAUCUAUUGAAAAAGAAAAUCCGGCGAAAGAUGAACGUUUGUUGGAGGCGAUGAAAAUUGCUGUCACGAAAGCGAAGCAGUUAGCCGCGCGUGCUUUUCAGGAAGAUCUUAUCGAUAGACUACCGAGUGUUGUUGAAAAAGAACCCCUAUAUCAAGCCGGGUCGUUACUUGAUGCAAGUGCACGAAUUUACUCGUUUCGUGUGGAUGCUACGCAUUCAGAGGCAUAUGAUGUUCGAUCAAAGCUAGGCGAUAAAUCUCAGUCUGAUAACAAUAAAGAUGGUAGAAAAGACACCUCACCUGAUGAAGAUGAUGAAGGAAUGAAUUCGGGUAAUGAAGGAAAUGUUGACAAAAAAGAAGGCAGAGAUAAGGCGAAAAAGAGAAGACAACUGGAUGAAGGAAACAGUGAUUCUGAUAUUGGUUCGGAAGAUGGCCUAGCGAAAAAGGAUGAUGUCUAUGAUGCAGAUGAUUUCCCGAUCUACGUUGAUGAUUCAUCUUCUGGAACAGAUGAUGAACAAGUAGCAUUGGAAGCUAGUGAGAUUGUGAAAAAGUUCAUGAAUAGAUCCGAUAAGGCUCACGAAAACUGUAUAAAAAGAAGAGCGAAGGUGCCGAUGGUUGUGUAUGAUUCAUCCGAACUAAAUGACACUGAAACGGGUGCCGAAUUCUGUAGUCACUUGUACAGUAAGGCAACGCACAACUUUGAUAAGGGAUCAUCAAGUGGUCUUUUAAUGCAAAAUGCUGUUAUAAGCAAGUGCGGACGUCGUUACAUGUUACAUAAUAAUUGUCGAUGUAUUCGUGAUCCAUGGAAUGAGAAAAUUGAGGGCGAAAAUUUACACGAAAUUUGGAAAGGUAUCGAAGAUGCGGAAAAACUUGGACCAUCAAAUGUUACAAGUAUAGUGCAUGACGAUGAACAUAUGUCAACGUUAUCACGAAAUACAAGUGCCAGUCAGGAAACAACAACUUUUCUGGAUACAACAGCAAGUACCAGUAGCAUGCAGUCAAUCCAGAAAAACGUUGAAGCUGUGUUGGAGGAUGCACUUCUCGAAAGUGCCGGUAAAGAAUUGUUUCGGUGGCGAAGAAAGCUGCAGAAAAAGCUUGGCAUGAAUUCCGGACAGCUCAUCGCUUUGCUGGCCCACUCCUUGCGAGAUGUGGAUCCAUUCGUUCGGCGAAGUUUCAUUCGGCAAGCCAUAAUUCCAGCGAGAAAAUCAUAUAUUAACAGAAUCGCGGAUACAAAAAGUGGUUUAAUGUAUGCACCAAUAGCUGAUGAAUUGGAACCAUUUGAAGAGUCGAUUUGUUGGAAAAUAUACAGGAUGAGAUGGGAUGAUAUGAGUAAUGAAGCUCGAGCGAGAACCUUGAAGUCAUUACCUGGCGAGCACCCUGUAUUUAACUACUUUUUCGCACGAUCAGCUGAACAUUUGUCUGCUGAGAGUGAUAAUGUACUUGGCAGUUUACCUGUUUUCCGCAGUAUAAUCGAAAUUGAAGUCCCGCGUGACACUAUUAGAAUGACAGGUGAUGAUCAGAAAGCAUUAGCAGGAGUACUCGAUACUUUCCGAAUUGGUCGAGGUGAAAGUUUGUUUAAGAAAAAAGGCGAUGAUUUUGGACGGAAAAUUGCACAAAUUCCGAUUGUAACACCAAUUCGAAGGUCGGAGGUACAGGCUGCUUGGGAACGCGGAAGUACUAUUUCUAAAGAGCAGUCAGCAUCAGUAAUACCAUCAGAAUCAGUUAACGAUCGUUUGACAAUACCAAGUCGUAUGGAUGAUGUUGAUUCUGAAACAGAUGCAGGUGGAUUCAAUACAACUUUUGAUAAUGAUACUGAUAUGGAUGCAGAAGCACCGUCAUCACGUAUGGGCGACUUCAGUUCAGUUGCCGAUGACGUUCGAUCGCUUGCAUCUAAGCAGACAGAAUUUUCGGAAAGGCCAGAAAUUAUGCGAGUAGAAAGCAACAUUAGAAUUGAACGUACGGAUGCAGCUUCAGCAUACGGCGAUCUCCAUUUUGUUGACGAAAGACGAGUUGCAAUUAUGGCUUAUUCCAUAGUAAACGAUGAAACACAUUGGAAAAAACGAAAGCUUGGUAAAGGAGAAGAUAUUGGAGUUGCGAAAGGGAAGCCACCGGUGAAAUCGGAUAAAGUCGAACGGAAAAAAGCCAAAAAAGAGGAGGAAAAGGAAGCAUUCGAAAUUGGUGAUUUCGAUAAUAUGCCCCUUGCUGUGAUUCGAGAUAGGCAAAGGCAGACAAAACGUCCGGCCAUACUUGUCAAACGUGAAGACGAAGUCCUGAAGAUUCACCGGACACGGGUCGCUGCUGAUCUCUUUUAUAAACCGGAGCAGUUUUGUCGUCUGGCUCACGUUUUUUCGGGCGAAUGGGAGAAUGUGCGCUUCAAUCGAGCUAUGUCAGCGCCAGUCGAUGCCAAAGAUGAACGAAUGUCACGAAUGCUACGACAAAGCAUUAGGGAGGAUUUGGAUCCUGAAGAAGCAAUUAAAGAACACAUGUCGUGUUUCAACGGUUAUUUCGAUGACGUAUACUCGGAACAACGAUCAAUGUCAGUACCUUGUGCUAGCGAAGCAUUUGAUGGCCAUAAUGAUAAUGACCUACUUAGCGAAGUUACUGCUCAGGAUAAUGACGAUAAUGACAGUACAUUGGUACCGACAUAUGAUAUGCCAACAUUGAAAGCCAGCCAGAGUUUCUAUUCUGAAGCUGAUUCUGGAGCAGAAGAAGCUGAGAUUUUCGGUGUGAAAUAUUCGGUGAGACAGCGACGCAUCAAUGCACCAGCUGUUAAGAGAGCGAUUGGUACUAUAUUGUCGAAUGCAAAACUUGAUGCCGAUGCUUUGAAUGCUGAACUCUCCGUUGCACGACGACAGGGAUUCAAUUUUUUGGAUGGUUUGAAGGAUCUGAGUAUUGUGAGUGAAGAUUCUUGUCAAGAUUCAUUUGCUUUGGAUGGUCAAGGUGAACGCAUUGAGCUGAGUAGGGAGGAAGAGCAGAUGCAGUUGAGGGAAGAGGAGGAGAUGAAUGAUGAUCCAACAUGUGAGCUGCGGCAUGCUGAAGUAGCAGUAAAAGAUUUUAAAUUGACCGGUCGGCAUACAUUCUCAUCGGUUUUGGCCCAACUUCCUUCAUAUUUGGCGGGGCGGACAGCUGAUGAUCUCAGUCCUAUUAAUGCGUUCUCAGUGCUUUUGCAUCUUUGUAAUGAAAAUAAUUUGGAGCUUCUGCAACGUAGGGAUGGUCAUGGUUUGAUAAUGCCAACAGAAAUGGGCGAUUUUACAAUAAUAUCUGCUCGACAAAACAGGGUGAAUCGUAAACGUACUGCCUCAGAAUGUCGUUAAUUAGUUAAUAUUUUAUUAGUUAUUAGAAACUGACUCCGAAUACCCAU